AUGGCGGUCAACCGAAGCGGGAGCGAUCCUAAGAAAUCGAAGAAAAGAAACGGACGCGAAAAAGCGGCGAAAAAUCAGUUUCUGGGCAAAAGUUUGGUUGAACGACUAGGUAUUUUGAAGACAUCUGAAAAACCAAGAAAUAAUAGCAGGAAGUCCAGCAAUGUAGGUCUUCGUGUGGUGGAUGGACGGCUUUUGCAUGCCAACGAUGUCGGAGUUCUUUUGCGCGAGGCUGCAGCUCGGACAGAGUCGCAUAAUGGGGAAACACGCGGGCAGAAGAGUAUUAGAAUGGCCAAAGCGAAGUUACACAAACCAUUUGCCAAGGAUGCGCCACUAACGACGACAAUCGGAACCGGCAAGCGUGUUGAGAAAAUCGUGCGGAGACGCGAAACCGCUAGGAAUCGCGAUCAAACGGCACUACAGCCUUAUGGAAAAGAUCUAUAUCUAUCGGUUGGCACGACUCCCGAUUCACGGUUUUUAAGGCUUCGAAACCUGCCACUGGGAUCUGACUCCAGUUCGCUCACCCGUAUUGUUGAGAAAGUAGCAGGCGUGGUAGUACAGAGAGCAUCGAUUAUGGAUCUGCCUUCUGGGUCUGUUACAGCGGAAUUGUGGCUCCAGAAUUCUGACACACAAGCACUCAACGAAGCGCAAAGACGUCUGGAUCGCGCCAACGUGAACAACAGGGUUAUUUCUGCUGAAAUUGCGUCUUCGUAA